AUGGCCGGGAGAAAGAGGAAGCUGAAAUCGUUAGCUGAAACCAUCACAAACAGUAAAAGAAGAGUAAGCAAGGAGAAAAGGGAGAAACUGGAGCUACAGACUUGGUCUGACCUUCCUACAGAACUUUUGGAACUCAUUGUAUCUCGUUUAGCUCUGAAGGAUAAUAUUCGUGUAUCUGUUGUAUGCAAGAGAUGGCACUCAGCUGCCAUUUCUGUGCGGGUGGUCAACCAGUCGCCAUUGCUUAUGUACUUUCCGAAAUUUGGUGACCUGUACGAAUUCUAUGACCCCUCGCAGCGCAAAAUCUACUCCUUAGAGUUACCUGAGCUGACUGGGUCUAGGAUUUGCUACACCAAAGAUGGUUGGCUAUUGCUAUACAGACCCAGAUCGCACCGUGUGUUCUUCUUUAAUCCUUUUACUCGCAAGAUGAUAAAGGUACCAAGAUUCGAGUUGACUUAUCAGAUAGUUGCAUUUUCUUGUGCCCCAACUUCCGCCAGCUGCAUACUUUUUACGGUAAAACACAUCAGUCCCACAAUUGUUGCUAUUAGCACUUGCCGUCCUGGGGAAAGAGAGUGGACGACUGUUAAUGUCCAGAAUCGUUUGCCCUUUGUGAGUAGCAUUUGGAACAAGCUUGUUUUCUGCAAUGGACUCUUUUAUUGUCUAAGUCUCACCGGUUGGCUAGGGGUAUUCAACCCCCAGGAACGCACUUGGAGUGUUCUUGCUGUUCCUCCACCCAAAUGCCCCGAGAACUUUUUUGCCAAAAAUUGGUGGAAAGGCAAGUUUAUGGCUGAGCAUAACGGAGACAUAUUAGUGAUAUAUACAUGUUCUAGUGAAAACCCAAUUAUAUUUAAGCUGGAUCAGACGAGGAUGGUUUGGGAGGAAAUGAAAACCCUUGAUGGUGUGACUCUGUUUGCGAGUUUCUUGUCAUCUCAUUCAAGAACUGACCUCCCCGGAAUAAUGAGAAACAGUGUCUACUUCUCUAAAGUUCGUUUCUAUGGAAGGUGUUGCAUAUCAUACUCUCUUGAUGAUUGUAGAUACCAUCCUCGCAAGCAGUGUCAUGACUGGGGAGAGCAAGAUCCUUUUAAGAACAUUUGGAUUGAAGCACCUCAAGACUUCUCAACCUUGAAUUGGUAG